AACGUGCAGAUUUUGUAAAAACCAAAAUCAUUAUUUUAACUGCAUCAUCGACGAAAAAUUCUUAUCGCUAGAUAUGUUUAAUUAAAAAAUCACUGACCGUUUCAACACGGAUUACCAGCGAUAUGGAAAAGUAUGAGAGCUUGGAAGUUGUCGGCGAGGGAAGUUACGGCGUUGUCAUGAAAUGCAGACAUCGGGACACGGGACAGAUUGUGGCGAUAAAGAAAUUCCUCGAGACUGAAGAGGAUAUUCACGUUCGUAAAAUGGCACUUCGAGAAAUUCGUAUGCUUAAGAAAUUGCGGCAUGAAAAUCUAGUGAAUAUGAUCGAGGUAUUUCGUCGACGCAAACGGUUUUACCUAGUUUUCGAAUACCUGGACCACACAUUACUCGACGAAUUAGAGGCAGUCGGAACCGGCCUUGGAAUAGAUGUUUCUCGUCGUCAUAUAUUUCAAGUUCUUCGAGGGCUGAAUUACUGUCACACGAACCAUAUUAUGCACCGAGACGUGAAACCUGAGAACGUCCUCGUGUCUCCAAACGGCAUUGUCAAGCUGUGCGAUUUUGGCUUUGCCCGAAUGUCACCCGGACCGAAUGAGUCCUGCACGGAUUACGUCGCGACAAGGUGGUACCGGGCCCCCGAACUUCUGGUAGGGGAUUCCCACUACGGCAAGAGAGUCGAUGUUUGGGCCGUCGGAUGCCUCUACGCCGAGGCCGUCAACGGGGACCCCUUAUUCCCAGGGGAUAGCGACAUCGAUCAGCUCUAUCAGAUCAUGAAACUUUUGGGUAAUCUUUGUCAGAAGCACCAAACGAUGAUGGUGAGGAAUAACAAUAUGCGUGGAAUGAGACGAGUAGCUACAGACAUCUGUACGAUGGGGAACAUCCGAUCACUACGUUCAAUUUUUCCGUCUUGGCCAUCGACGACGAUAGACUUCCUGUCUCAGUGUCUAAGAAUGGACCCCGACAUGCGUCCGACUUGUGCGACACUGCUGGACCAUCCUAUAUUCACUCAGGACUCUUUUGCCGAGCGUUUUUUAGUCGAUCUUAAGGAAAUUAUAGCUAAGGAGAUAAUGGAUUGUCCCCUUACUCAGCAACGGUUGGAAUCCCGAAGAGUGACAGCCCAGUUGCCCCCUGAGAGACCAGCCAGAACUUGUCACAGCAGCACCGGGAGCUGGCAGAUGACCUUGAUCCGAGGCGGAGGCACUUGCAACACGAACAUGUGUCAGCCAGAAAUUGAACGAGCUCGUGAGUCCGUGGCGUCGAUCGAAAGGCCGCCUCUUCUCGCCGUGAACAGGGCCAGAGAGCCCUGCUAUUUCGGGCCCGUUUCCGUCGUCCCAAAUACGACUUACAUAAGACGCCUUGAACAUCGGGGCAUACUUGUUCCGGGUACCAAAGGAUGCUCCUUACCCGCUCUGGCCUCAAGGGAGUCCAGCCAUGCGAAAGAAAACACGAAGAGGAAGAGGGUCGAUCUGCCGCACGUGGACCGCUGA